UGUUAUGAAAGCUGCAAACGCAUGCAAUUUGUCUAAACUUGAGAGCUGCUUUUUGCGUUAUUUUGUAUCAUGAUCUUGGAAGACUAGAAAUUGGUAUUAGAUUGCCCAGUUUAAAUAAAGAGUGAUAGAAUGCCUGCUCAUGCCAAAGCACCCAGAAAGGAACAUCGAAGUGAUGUUCUUGAUUCAAGGAAGAGGAAAUCGGUUACAUCAGUUGCUGUGAUAGAGCCCAGUAGCGAAGAUGUCUCUAAGGCUAAAAAAAACAAGCAGCUGUCAAGUAAAAAUGUUUCACAGAAUUUGAAUUCAACAGCAAAAGCAACUUCGAAACCUGAAGUUAGAAACGGUAACAUUCAACUAAAGAAGAGCACGGUCAAUGCUAAGAAAAGCUCAGUGGAAGAUAAGAAAAAAACAGUUAAAAGGAAACUUGACACAGUGGAUAAGACCAAAGAAAUUGUUAAUGCAAGGUCAAAAUCCAGAAAGACAGACUCUGCCUCAGUGAGCUUGGAUUCCAAGCCCCCCAAAAAUACCACUAAACUACAGGCACAAGAUAACUCUCUCAAAAAGAACUCUGCCUCUAAAGAAAAGUCUUCUACGAAGGGUCGUGUACCUAAAGCCAAACCUCUUGAAAAAGAUUCACCUGGGAUGAAAGAGGAGCAAACUUCUAAAAAGAAAAAUGCAAAAAGUGUGGCAUCAGUUACUGGAAAGCAACGAAAACCUGUUGGUGGUAACGAGAAUGACUCAAAGACUUCAAAAAAGAAAAACUCGAGGGUGAAAACUGCUGAUGGAAAGCAGAUAAAAGAUCAGGGAGAAGGCAAACAUUCUGCUCCACCAGCACUUGAUUUGAGCGAUCCUAUGGCAAUGUUAAUGAUGAUGGAAGGACGCUCUUCCGGUGGUCAGAAACCUCACGCUCUGUUGCCGUCGGCUUCCGUGGACAAAGGGCCAUCCACGUCUACCCCUAAAGUGUCUAAAGAUGACGACGUGGCAGCCAUGACAGACUCUGAGAGUGAUGGAAUGUCCGACUGGGAAGAUGUGCGAGAUCACACAAUUGCAGAGGAGAAGUCACAGCUGCCAGACAAACCAGUUGAGAUUACAUUGGAAUUGCCAGAUAUUUUAAAGCAAAAGAAAAGGAAGAAAAAACCAUUUGACUGGAAAGCUUAUUUGCAAAGAAGAGUGAACAGGUUUAAAAAAGAAGUUGCAUUGGACAUGCACAAGGUUCACCUGUUGUGUCUUCUAUCCGUGGGCCUGCAACAAAAUGAAGCUCUGAAUGACGAGACGCUGACGGCCGUGGCUUUGUCCUCGCUCCCGUCUCAGUUCACAGAGAACAUCAAACUGAACGAGGAACGCCUGGUGGAGAAUCUGCUGCUUUGGUACAAGAGGAAGUUCCCUCUGGACCAGGUCCAGCAGUGCUCCGAUACGCGCUUGGUGCCAUCUUCAACUCUAGUGCAAGCUUUCUCUGAAGGGAAGGUCACUGAUGCAAGGAUUUGGGUGCUUGUUUUCAUUGCUCUGCUGAGGACUGUUGGCUUGACUGUGAGAAUCGUGCUAUCCUUUCAGCCUAUCCCAUUCAAAGUGACAGAGGCUGCAUCCACAAAAAAUGGCAAAGGAAAACAACCUGUAUCUGGCUCAAAGAAUGUGAAAAAGAGCUCUGCUAAAGCGAAUACCCCUAAGGCUUCGGAAGGUCACCAGUCCUCGCCAGCUCACGACACGAAAAUGUCAAAGACUUCAAAAAGCCGCCCAACUGCAUCCACCACGAAAAAGCCUGAGUCUGGAAAAAUGACGCCAAAACGCAGACCAUCGUCUCGAGAGUCGAGCAAAAAGGCUAUUGAGCGGAACCGAAAAAGUUUGGCAGAUUCUGAUUACGAGGAAUCAGAAGAAGAGGCGGAUAGCGAGCUGUCAGAGGAAGAAAUGAAGCACAAGCAGAAAGUGAAGAAGAAAAGAGCGAAGCUGUCUCAAAGUAUGGACAAAGACACAGGGGCGGGACCAAGUUCUGAUACUGAAUUUGAAGACAACAGUCGGUACUUUCGGACUCCAGACAGCCUGAGGAAAGAUUUGAAGAUUGGUUCCAACAGGAAAGUGUUGUCCGAAACGUCAGCUGACGAGGACUCAUCAGCUUCACGUCAUCCAAUGACUGUUGGGCACGACUUUUGGCUGGAAGUGUUCUUCCCUGCAAAAAAGAAGUGGGUCUGUUUUGACAGCUUCAAGUCCCAAUUUGGGAAACCGUACUCACUGGAAAAUUGUGCAACCCAGCCAUUGUCAUAUGUCUUAGGAUUUCGAAAUGAUGGCAGUGUGAAGGAUGUGACGGCUCGCUACGCCAAACAGUGGCUGUCACACACGCGGAAGAUGCGGGCAGACCAGGAAUGGUGGACGGAGACCUUGCUCUUCUUCGACCAGGCCAACUUCAAGGAGAACAUGCUGGAAGAUGAUGAGAUCAAAGGUCAGCUGCUUGUCCGUCCAAUGCCUACGAGUAUUGCCGAGUUCAAAAACCACCCAUUGUAUGCACUGCGGCGCCAUCUCCUCAAGUUCGAAGCCAUCUACCCAGACACAGCAAUCCCGUGUGGUUACAUCAAGAAAGAGCCGGUGUAUGCCAGAGAGUGUGUCAGAAUUUUACAUUCCAGAGACAACUGGCUGAAGGAAGGCAGAUUAGUUAGGGUGAAUGAAAAAGCAUACAAGAUGGUGAAGUCAAGACCUAAAUGGAACAAACCAAAGGAGAAUCCGGACGAGCUGGACCUUGAGCUGUAUGGAGAGUGGCAGACUGAUGUAUACAUCCCUCCACCGGCUUACAAUGGCAAAGUCCCCAAGAAUGAAUAUGGAAAUGUGGAGCUGUUUAAACCUUGGAUGUUGCCUAAAGGCACAGUGCAAAUCAGAGGUAACGGCCUCCAACGAGUGGCGAAGAAGCUGAGCAUUGACGUGGCUCCGGCCAUGGUGGGAUGGGACCACCACUGCGGCUACGCACACCCGAUCAUGGAUGGUUGGAUAGUGUGUGAGGAAUUUGCAGACACUCUUCUGGCUGCCUGGGAGGAAGAUCAGGAGAUACAAAAACAACGAGAACUAGAGAAACUUGAGAAAAGAGUGUAUGGCAACUGGAAGCUCUUGAUCCGAGGUCUGCUGAUAAAAGAAAGACUUAAGAACAAGUUUCUUCAGGAACCUGACUCCAAGACUUCAGAACUGACUAAAGAAGACAAAGGAACGGGUAAAGACAUCAAAGCCGAGGAUUAUCAGCAGUCCUGGCCUGUCAACAGGCAGCAAGAAGACAGCAAGGCCAAAGUGAUCAAAAAGAAGAAGAAAGUUGAGAGGGAUAGGAAAAUUGUGGAGAAACAAGAAGUGAAGGAUGAUCUGGAUGAAGAAAUUAAACUGGAAGCAGAGGAGGCUAAAGUGGAAAAUGUGUUGGAGAAGAAAGCAGUGGUGAUUGCCACAAAAAAGAAGCACGAAGCGGGACACAUUUUUUCGGGAGUUCGAGAGGUGGUUGAGAACUUGAACAUAAGUGAAGACAGUGAGGAUGAGGAGGAGGAGGAUAACACAAAAGUUUCCCAGGAUGAUUCUAAGAAAGGUGCUGCUGACUGUAAAUCAGAAGAUUUGCCCUCUCUUUCUUUGAAAGAUAAGACAAAAAGCAAUGAGAAACAGAAAAAUAGAAAAACAGCUGUUGCUAAUAAAAGAGGAAGAAAAAAAAGAAAGGAAAGUGAUUCUGAUUUCUCUUCUAGUGAUGAGAGAGAAUACCAUAAAGAGGUUGAAAAUAACCGAGAAAAAAGGGGGAAACGACUUGUGAGAAGUGCUCGGAAAAAAGUCAACUACUACGAAAAUGAGGAAGAGGGAAAUGAUGAACAGUCUGAAGAAGAAGAAGAAACAAAUAAAGAUAAAGACAACGAUAGUACAGCGGCGAAGGGUGUUGAAAGCGAUGAUUUUGAAACUGACAGUAGCGAAGUAAAGAGUAUGACAGAGUUGAAAAAGAAAUCGGAUGAGGGGAAGGAGAAACUACAGUCAGGGAAAGAAAAGAAACCUUCAAGAAGAAGCAGAAGGAACAGAUGAGCUUCAACAUGCUGAAAACAUUCUGUUUACUGUCCAUGGGGAAUCACAUUUUGUUGUCAACUGUUACCAAGUUGAUUUUUUCCUUUUGGUGCCCCACUCAUUGCCACAACAAGCAUCCAUCACCCCCAUUCUCUACUCUCUGCUUUGAUGUAUUGUUUCAUGACGUUGCAGACCCCUGCUGGGUUUUUUACAUUUUCUGUGUAUGAUGUCGGAGGUCUUCCUUUAUUUCUUGCUCCUUCUAUUUUGCCCUAUAGCUGUCAUUAUCUGGUCUGGUUUUUUUAUGUUUCUGUUAGCGUGACCAAAGUACUUGAAUCUCUUUCAGCACCUGUAUGACCUAUUUGUGUUGCAAGUGCCGUGAAAUACUUACUUAAACUUAAUAAAAAUUUGUAAAAAGUUGUUACUGCUGAUGGAAAGCAAAUUUCCCUAACCGCCAUGCAUGAAACCAUCCUUCCAAAAGAGUACCGAAGUGUGUCGUUAGUGUCAUACAAGUUCUUGUUCCAGCCAGAGCAAGGUAUAGUUCUUCACAUUCCUCAGGAUUCAUCUUAAAGUGGACUAUGUUUUGUUAACAUUAGUACAAUUAGGUUACACCUUUGUUGCAAAUUUUGAUGGGAGCCAAUUAAAUGGGCAAGGAGGAGGCAAGCCUGAAGGAGAAUGUUCUUUAAUUUAACCCUCUCCGUACGUCAUGUUUUACUAUCGUAUCUAUAUGACGAGGGGUACUCUGUGCCACCAUUU